UGAAAGGUAAAGCAAGAGAAUCGAUAACCACAAACAGAAGUAUUAAAAGAGGAUGAGCAAAUACGUUCUACAAGCGAAUCAACCAUAUCAGGUCUUAGGAUACUUAAAAGCAUUGAACGUGUAGGUUCAACCAUAAGUGCAAUCUCGUUCAACGGUCGAAGAAACGUAGCAUGGCCAGGCAAAUACAGGGCCGCAGUUCUUCGCAUCAGUCGCACGUUCAAAGAUACUCCCAAAGACGAUCUCGUUGCUGCGAUAUAAAUAGAAUUUAGCAUUUACUCCCGCGAUGCGGCCCUACAUCGAGGAGAGCUAUUUUCGAGAUCCAUCGCGAGUUGUUACAGUCCUCUGCUUGAUUCUAACGAGUUUCGUUCGGAAGGAGCACUGCAGUUCCUAACAAAUAAUUCACUGAUAGAGAGAGAGAGAGAAAGAGAGAGAGAGAGAGAGAGAGAAAGAGACAGAUCAUUUACCUCAUGAGACGGACCGAACGUAUUAUUGUUUUCAAAUUUUGCCCGCUACGUGAGUGCCUUCGAUUAGAGCCUUUUCUGUUUUUUUCCGUUUCCCUUCGUUUUCGUUCAUAAUAAAGAUUUCAAGUGUUUUGCGAUACGAAUUCUGCACUUACCGUGCGUGAAUCAAUAAUCAGAAUGUAUUUGCUUGAAGAUAUUACGAAUCAUGUUGUUAUCGAGAAAAUUCAUUUCGUGUUCUCGCGCAUCAAGAUAUAUUUUCGAUAAAAACGACGCCAUUUCGUAGAUGAAAACAACCAAACACCGAAGAAAGAUAUCGUGGAAACACGUUAACGAAGAUAAACGAAAAAGUUAUCGAGAUAUACAUGUGACGUUAGUGUUUAUUAAAUUUGGUACUUCUGAUUUCGCAAUCUGGAAAGUGUAAGACGAUAUUAUAAUAUAUACUUCGUAUAAUGAACAUCUGUGUGUAACCCGAUGUAUAAAUUUUCAUUACAAAUUUUGUUUGAUGCCGUGUAACGCAAAUCAUUUCGAUUCGCUGCAUAAGCCCGUGCAUGCGUUGAUAAAAUCUGUUGAAGUCGUUAAAGUUUGACAAAAGUAGAAAACAACGUAGAGGAUGUUUAGUUCCUUAAGAUUAGCGACGAUGCGGUCGCACAAAAGUCGAGCCAGGCCUGGCAGCGUGGCCACGUCGGCAAGUUCGGAUUCCGGUAGGGCAGAGGAAGUUCCCCCACUUCUCUUUCAUCCCCCGAGUUUUUUGCUCCUCGACGAACAGGAAGGCAAUAUAUCGUCACCGUCAAGCGUAUCUUCUAAAGUCGCACAAGUCAGAGUAGAACGCGAGGGUGGUAGCCUCGGUGUCACUCUUCGCGGUGGAGUUUCCAGAGCUCUGGUUGUGACGGGAAUAAAAGCCGAUGGUCCAGCUGCAAAAGAAGGAAGAGUUAGACCUGGUGACAGAUUACUUGCGGUCGAUGAUACCGAGUUGAGCGGUUUAACUUUAGCCGAAGCUCAAAGAGCACUUAGAAGAAGUUCAGAUUCACCUGUAGCUUCUUUAACUAUCGAGUACGAUGUCGCGAAUAUGGACGAAGCUCGAGCAGCUACGUCCGGCCCACUCUUGGUCCAACUCGAACGUGGACUUUCAGGAGAACUAGGUUUAACCGUAAGAGAAACACCUAACGGUGUUUAUAUCGAAAGUCUUCGGCCAGCAAGUACCGCAGAUCGUUGCGGCGCGUUACAGCCUGGAGACAAACUUUUAGCGGUGGAUGAUACACUGGUACAAGAUGCGGUCGCUGCAGCUAAAUUAUUGAGAAAUACUUCGGAGAAUUGUCGUAUAGCGAAGUUACAGAUUCUACCAAGACUACAAAGUACGUCAGCGAGAACGGUUAAAAGAAGAGCGCAACCUCAAGUACAACAAAGCUCGAAUCAAACUUUGCAAACGAAGGAAAGUUUGACGGUGAUACUUCGACCCGAUCAUAGGGGUUUUGGUCUCGCUUUGAAACAAACAGAAGAUCGUAUAAAUUAUGUGAUAAACUUUUUGGAAGCUGGUGGUCCGGCCGAACAAAGCGGUGUUCUGUUACCCGGUGAUCGAGCGAUCGCUAUUAAUCGUACUAUAUUGCGCGACUUAAAACCUACAGAUGUGGCUGAUAUUUUAGAGAAUUCACAAAUGAUCGAACUUGUUACGGAGUACAAGGUGGGUGGUCCGGUUGUACCUAACUCUGGUGUUUUUACUGUAAGAGUUGCAAGACCUCUAGGUGGGCAUCCUGAUCUAGGACUUACCGUAAACGAAGAUUUAGUUAUAACCGAAGUUCGCAAAGGUUCUCUCGCAUAUAGAACAGGUAGUUUAGCAUCGGGAGAUCGCAUAUUAGCUAUCGACAAUCAAAAAUUAGAUGCCGGUGACCUCAGACAAGCCGCGCAAUUACUUCACCGACCAGGAAGUUCUGUCGUUGCUCUAACUGUAAGAAAGUCCGACCCACUUUCAGAAACAAGAGAUUAUUGUAAGGAAUCAAGUAUAGGAAGUGAUACAGUACCCACUCAAUAUCCUUCAACUAUCUUACGUUCUGCCAGAGAAAGUUUGCCCAGCGUUGAUAGCGCAGUGGAUUCUUGGGGAGAAUUAGGAGAGAGUAGUGGAGCAGGUCCGGAAAUAUUAAGACUAUGGGAUGCGGUUUCUGUGGACAGUGGACAAUUAGAUCCUCCGACACCACCUUAUCAAAACUCUCAAGAACACGGUGUAUCAGACAAUAGACCUCAACAAAUAAUACACGUAUCACUGCACAAGGAUCCAGUUUACGAAGAUUUCGGAUUUUCUGUCUCCGAUGGACUUUACGAACGUGGCGUAUAUAUAAAUCGUUUGAGACCUGGUGGACCUUGCGAUGGAGUUUUGCGACCUUACGACAGAAUUCUACGUGUUAACGAAGCAAAUACAGAAGACUGCGACUGUUGUUUGGCCGUACCCCUAAUCGCCGCUGCUGGUCCACGUUUAGAUUUGACUGUGGCUAGGCCACUAUCACCUCAGGAUAUCGUAAAAACUUUGUAGGGCGUAAUGUAGUAUAUUUUAUAUGAAUGAUGCUGCUGCGAUACUAAUGCCUCUGGUAUAUUUUUGUACGCAUGUGUUUAUUUAUAAAAAUAAAUGUACUAUAGAUUGC